AUGCUAUCGUGGCGUUUGCUGAUGUGUAGCUUCCGACCGUUGUGAAACUCACCCAGACUGACAGCUAAUAUUCGUCGUUCUUUUUGUAUAAAUUAGUUUUAGACACCUUUUUCACACAGCAAAUACGAGUUGGUCUUAUCGGUUGAAGAUGAGGCGCGCCGGUCUGGGCGAAGGAGGUUCUGGAGGUUAUGUAGCCAGUGGUUACAGUGUGUAUGAAGAAGAAAAUGAACAUCUGCAGGAGGGACUGAGAGCCAAAGUCAAUGCUUUAAAAAGCCUGACUAUUGACAUUGGGACGGAAGUCAAAUACCAAAACAAAAUGCUGGGGGAUAUGGACUCAGACUUUGACUCCACCGGUGGCCUGCUCGGUGCAACCAUUGGCAGAGUGAAGCGUCUUUCCAGAGGCAGUUCCACCAAACUGCUGUGCUACAUGCUGCUCUUCAGCUUUUUUGUCUUUUUCAUUCUGUACUGGUUCAUGAAACUGAGAUGAUGGCAGGAGCAUCUAGGACCUGCUGGAUGUUUACUUCCAGUGUCUGUGUCAAAAUGUUGCAUCCCGAAACAAGGCCAACAUGAGGACUAGAAGGAACACAGAUAAUUAUAAUUGUGUAUAUAUACAUAUAUAAAGAAAGGUUUAGGUGCAGUUGAAUAACAAAAUACAGGUAGUGAUGUCUGUAUCCUGUAUUGUUUAUGUCACUGUGACACAAAGUAUUUACAUCACAAUCUGGACGUAAGACAUUGACCAGAACGUGUCAAAAUAAAAAUUGUCACACAACAAUCCCAACAAGGAACUCAAACACCAACAUUAUCUGACAGAUGUGGUUACAAACCAGAUGUCAUCAAACUUUUUCUUUAGUUUUUAUUACAAUUUUAUAAGAAUUAUUCUGGUUCAUAUGUACCAAGAAGAGGAUCAGUAUUUUGACUGGGUUGAUAUUUUUUAUUUAUUUGACUUCAUAAUGACCGAGUUGAUUAGAGUUGUUUUUUCUGUCAGUUUAAAGAGAGUUUUGUCACAUCACCCAGUUUAGA